ACCUCUAUUCUUUCUUUCUCUGUGCCACGUUCCACUCAUAAUAUUUGUUGUUUCUUCCAAAAAACAAGGGCAUUCUAGUAAAAACAGUAAACUGAAACACACAACAAAUCUGAAAGCUGGAUUUAUGCCUCUGUUCACUCCUCAUUGGCUACACCUCCACAGCAACUAAAUCCAAUGCUAUUUUAUAAUCCUUUUCUCUUGAACCUUCUCAUAGAGGUUUCUUCACUUCUUCAUCACCACUACACGCAACCAAAAUACUAAAUACACCCCACCAAAAUAUCUUUUUUUUUUGCAGUGCGGUGCUGAGAGACAAAGAGGAAUUUUUCUAGAAGAAAAAAAAAUGGAGUCAGAUCUUCAGCAACAUCCAACUAUGUUACUAGAUCACCAAAAUCAUCAUCAGCAACAGAUUAAUUCAGGCUUAACACGGUUUAAAUCUGCUCCAAGUUCAUAUUUUUCGAAUAUCAUUGAUAAAGAAUUCUAUGAGCAUCUUUUCAAUCGACCUUCAAGCCCUGAAACAGAACGAGUUUUUGCACGGUUUAUGAAUAGUCUCAGUGGUAGUGGUGAUAGUGCUUCUGCUACUGCUUCUGCUUCUGUUGCUGCUGUUGAUGAUUCACUGACUCAGAAUCUUUCAACUGUUCAACAACAUCCUGUAGUAAAAGAAGAGAUUGAUCAACAAUCUCAAACUAUGUCAACAAUGAAUAAUAAUGAAACUGUGGCUAUUCACCAACUUCAACAACAACAACAACAACAAAGUAAUAUUAAUAAUAAUUAUAGUUCUUGUGCUCCUCCUCAUAAUUUUUAUCAAAGUUCUGGAAGACCACCUUUGCCAAAUCAAAUGAAGACUGGUCGAGGAAUUAGUUCUAAUCUUAUUAGACAUGGUAGCUCACCUGCUGGAUUGUUUUCAAACAUUAACAUUGAAACUGGGUUUGCUGCUAUGAGAGGAAUGGGAACAAUGGGAGCUGCUAAUAGCACUAGCAAGGAAGCAAAUAUUUCUCCAACAGUAGUGAGGUUAAAGAAUACUCCAAACUACUCGGUGUUAAUGUCUUCAGGAGCUGAAAUCGGUAAUAGUAGCAAUCCAACAAAUAAUCCUGAAUCUGAAGGUUUUGCUGAAACCCGGGGUAAUGAUUUUAUCCCGGGUUUCCCCUUAAGUACAUGGGAGGAUACUGCAAUGAUAUCUGAUAAUAUCACCGGUGUUAAAAGAUACCGAGACGAUGAUGUUAAACCAUUUUCUGCAGCUGAAAUUAAGAAUGAAACAGGAGGCCAGCAGCCUAAUGCUCCUUUGGCUCAUCAGAUGAGUUUGCCGAAUACUACGGCGGAAUUGGCAGCCAUUGAGAAAUUUUUGCAGUUCUCUGAUUCUGUUCCGUGUAAAAUUCGUGCCAAGCGCGGUUGUGCCACUCACCCAAGAAGCAUUGCAGAAAGGGUGAGAAGAACUAAAAUUAGUGAGCGUAUGAGGAAACUACAAGAUCUGGUGCCAAACAUGGAUAAGCAAACAAACACAUCAGAUAUGUUGGACUUGGCUGUUGAGUACAUUAAAGACCUACAAAAACAAGUUCAGGUAUGUUAAAAUAAAAUAUUCACAUGCCAUAAUUAUUCAGAUCAGGAUUAUGUUAUAGUCACUGCUUCUUUGUCAAUCAUCUAAUCUUCAUUAGAUGGUCCUGAUUUUAAGAUUGAAAUUUUUGUUUUUAAAAAAUCAAAAUCUACUUAAAAUUUAGAUGGUCUUAUCUUUAAUGAAACGAUUGAGAUUAUGCAGUUACCCACUCUAAUUGGAUGUGGAUGACUGCAUAUAAUCCUAACCCACAAUUAUUCUUGCAUCAUUGCACAUUAAUUUUAUUUUAUUUUAUUUUAUUUUAUUUUAUUUUAUUUUUCCUAUAAUUAAAUAUAUAUUU